AUAGCACUUCGUUAUCAGUAAGUGUGCAUAUUUAGUAGAAGAUUGACGGUGUUUGUUCGCUUUCUUGUGAAGUUCAAUAAAUAAGAUCAUUGCUGUGCAACCAUCUGCAUUGUUUAACCAGUUCACCAUUCCUUGCAUGCCUGUUCCGAUUGGCCAAUUUUGAUGUCCUCUUUGUUGAAUCGAUUGCCCCACCGCUUAUCUCAGGGACUGACAGCGGCUUACUUUACGGUCAACAGUUGGAGCAUUCGUCGGCGUUCCACAUCGGUACAAACCACGGACAUGACGCGUAUGACAGUCAAGAAAAUCCCCGCCUUGAAGGACAACUUCAUGUACAUGGUGGUGUGCAAUGAAACCAAGAAUGCAGCUAUUGUCGAUCCCGUUGAGCCGGAUCGUGUGCUGCAGGUGGCCAAGGAAGCUGGCGUAUCGUUGAACAAGGUUCUCACGACUCAUCACCACUGGGACCACGCCGGUGGCAAUGCGGAUUUGUUCAAGCGCUACCAAGCGGAUCCCUCGUUGGGAGAGCUGUUGAUCUACGGUGGAAACGACAAACGCAUUGACAAUUUGACCAAUCCCGUUGCUCAGGAUGAUACGUUGGAGAUUGGAAACCUAAAAGUACGCUGUAUUUCCACUCCGUGCCACACGUCGUCGCACAUUUGCUACUACAUCGAGACUCCGGAGGAUAAGGUGGUCUUCACCGGGGAUACCCUUUUCCUGGCCGGGUGUGGUCGAUUCUUCGAGGGAACCCCUCAACAGAUGUACGAUGCACUGAUCACCAAGCUGUCGGCCCUGCCCGAUGAUACCAAGGUGUACUGUGGACACGAGUAUGCGUUGAACAACCUUCGGUUCGGAAAUACUGUCGAACCGGACAAUGUGGACACGCUGCAGCUGCUGAACAUUGCCAAGGAGGCGGAUCUGGACGGUCGCCGGGCGAUGGUCCCUUCGACGAUUGGGCAGGAGAAGCGAACCAAUGUGUUUAUGCGGGUGCACGAAGUGAGUGUGCAGAAGUACGUUGGCAAGGGCACACCGCUGGAAACGAUGCAGGAAUUGCGUGCGGCGAAGGAUAAGUUUUGAGCUGCGCCUUGUAUCGGUUGCGGAAGUACUGAAAUGUUCGGCUAAGUUCAGGUUUUUGGGAAUAAUUUGCUUUAUUGGGCUCUAUUUUGUCAUAGGAAUGGAAUAUUAUAUUGAAUGAGAAUAAAUAUACGGUUUGAAAUGG